CUUGCUACUGUGCUGCAACCUGCUGCUCUCUUGAUUCGCUUCUUUCUGACUAUCGCAUAUCCAUUCCGCUGCUAACGUAAAAUGCCAACCUUUUGGCCGUCAAUUACCCCAGAGCUUCGAGACUGGGCUUUGCGACAAAGCGUCUUUUUCGUGGCCUCUGCACCUCUGCAAGGACGACAUGUAAAUGUGUCGCCCAAAGGAUUUCCUGACUCGUCUUUCGCCAUCCUUGGUCCUAACGAGGCAGCUUACGUUGAUGCCACCGGCUCCGGGAGUGAGACCAUCAGCCAUGUGCGUGAGAACGGUCGACUUACCAUCAUGUUCUGCUCAUUUGAUGCCUCGCCAGGCAUCGUGCGCUUCUUCUGCACUGGCUCCGUGAUCGAGUACGAUGAGCCUGAGUUCCCUGGCUACCUCGAGCGGAUGGGAGGCAAGAAAGUGGUGGGAGCGCGGGCUAUCAUCCGUCUGAAUGUCUUCAAGGUCCAACGUUCUUGUGGUUAUGGUGUCCCGCGAUUGUCCCUGCAAGUCGACCCCAAAACCAACAACACCAAGCCGUAUCUUCAAGAUCGCGAUACCUUAGGCCAUUGGACAGGCAAAAGAGUCGAGUCCAAUGAGCUUCGCACCUAUCAGAAGGAGUGGAACGUACGAAGUCUGGACGGCCUACCUGGACUACACACUGCGAUCAAGGAUAACCAUCAGCUUGUCUGGUUGAAGCAGUUGGGCAACUGGACUCGUCGUCACAGAGACGAGAUCGAGAUGGUCAAAACCUCCAUUCUGUUGUUGUUUAUUUCUAUGGCUAUCCUGCAAUGGGCAGGAUACGUGUAAAUGUAGUCCGAACUGUGACAGAACUGAAGGGUCUGUUGCUUGUAACCACUUGGAGCUGGCCUGGUGGCGUGACUGCUCAUCUAAUCCGACAUGUGACUUAGACUUUCCUUCCUCUGCUUCUUUCAAUGGUCGCUCCCGCAUAGUGGUGCAUUAAUGCGACUUGUUGAUCUCUA